AUGAAGUUCUCAGGCAUCACAACCCUGGCCUGGCUGGUGCCAGCCGUUUUCGCCGCCGGACCAGUUCCGCUCUCCUCCCGCCAGAACAUCAACACCAUCACGGAUCGGUACCUGUUCGACAUCUCCCUGCCCCAGUUCAUCACCUACAGGAACGCGAAGAACCCCGCGACCCUGGACUGGACCUCGGACGGCUGCAGCGACUCCCCCGACAACCCCCUGGGCUUCAACUUUGAGCCGGCAUGCUACCGUCAUGAUUUCGGCUACCAGAACUACCGGGCUCAGUCCCGGUUCACCAAGGCGGCCAAGGCCGCUAUCGACACCAACUUCCAAGACGACCUCAAGUACCAGUGCGAGUCCGAAUCACUCGAGUCCAUCUGCGAUGCCCUGGCCAAUGUGUACUACGCAGCUGUAAAGGCAUUCGGCGGCCAGGAUGCUACCAAGCGCGCUGAAGCUGAGGACCUGGACGCGGCUGCUCUUCGGGCCGAGUACGACGACGCCGUGGCCGUCUACGAGCAGCUCGUGGCCGAGGCCAAGGCGAAUGGCCAGAUCCCAUCGUGA